AUGAGCACGUAUGAGGCCAUCAAGCAGCGCUACACCAAGGCCGGUCAAGAGCAUGUGCUGCAUUUCUACGAAGAGCUGUCAGAAGCCGAGCAAGGGGCACUGCUCGAGCAACUCGAUACCAUCGAUGUAGCCGAGCUGAAUGGCAUCUUCAAGACCGCCGUCGAGGCGGAAAAGGCCACGCCAGAUACUGAUUCGAUCAGCAUCGAGCCUCCGCCCGCUUCCAGUGUGGAAUCGCUCGUCGCCGAUCCAAACAAAGCGUCAGGCUACCGUGAACGUGGCCUGAAUGCGAUCAAGGAAGGCCAAGUAGCUGUCAUCUUGCUCGCAGGCGGUCAGGGCACUCGCCUUGGCUCGUCUGCUCCCAAAGGUGCCUACGACAUCAAGCUGCCUUCGGGCAAGUCCCUCUUCCAGCUUCAAGGCGAGCGCAUCAAGCGACUCCAAACUCUCGCAAGUGGUGUUCUCACUUGGUACGUCAUGACCAGUGGACCCACUCGAAAGGCGACAGAAGCUUUCUUCGUCGAGCACAACUACUUUGGUCUCGCUGCGCAGAACGUCGUCUUUUUCCAGCAAGGCGUCUUGCCGUGCCUGACCGACGACGGCAAGAUUUUCCUCGAGACCAAAUCGCACGUCGCUGUUGCGCCUGACGGAAACGGUGGCAUUUACGCUGCUUUACGCGCGCCUCUCGAAACCGGUAAAGAAGGGACUGUUCUCUCAGACAUGGCAUCGCGUGGUAUCCGCUACCUCCACGCUUACUGCGUCGACAACUGUCUCGCCAAAGUCGCAGACCCCGUCUUUGUGGGCUACUGCAUCCACGCUGGCGCCGAAUGUGGCACAAAGACGGUCGUCAAGACCCAUCCUGACGAAUCAGUCGGUGUUGUCGCUCUCAAAAAUGGUAAAUUCAACGUCAUCGAGUACUCUGAGAUUCCGAAGGAGCUCGCUGCCCGCAAAGACGGCAACCAGCUCGCUUUUCGCGCCGCCAACAUCGCCAACCACUUUUACACGCUCGAAUUUCUCGAAAAAAUUGCCUCGUUUCAAAAGGAAAUGGCAUACCAUGUCGCUCGCAAGAAGAUCCCUCAUGUCUCGCUCGAGAAUGGCAGGGAAGAGAAGCCCAGCAAGCCCAAUGGAAUGAAGCUCGAGCUCUUCAUCUUUGAUGUCCUGCCCUUCACGGAGAAGAUGGCUCUGCUUGAAGUCGAACGCAAGGACGAGUUCUCCCCGCUCAAGAAUGCGCCGGGCUCAGGAUCGGACUGCCCGGAAACGUCAAGAGCCGAUCUCUUGAACCAACAAAAGCGCUGGCUUGAGGCUGCCGGUGCAAAGCUGGGCGACAAGGAGAUCGAAGUGAGCCCGUUGAUGUCGUACGAAGGCGAGGAUCUCGAACGUCUCAAGGGUCUCAUCGCAACAACGUCUGGCCUGCUCGAGACGCAGGAAGACAUCCACAAGCUCUUCGAAUGA